AUGGAUGAGGAUAUUGAGGCUCGUGAUGCACGUUUAAAGAUUAUAUCUGAGAAUCUGCGUCUGGCUAUGUGCGCCUCUCCCGAACUUGACAUGGCGUUUGAACCAGAGCGUGCAGGGGCUCAAUCCUCUACAGAUAACCCUCAACGACUUCCACAGAAUGUAUCCGAUUUCACUACAGAUCACCUUAAUGUGCUUCGAAGCGAUCUCGCGGAGCUUCGAGCUUCGCUCGCAGCCAGCGGUUCAAUUGCGCAUUCUUCCGAUGAAAUCGAAAUGUUGAAGCAACUGGUCAAGAAAUUGCAGGAAGAUUGUCUUCGCGCCCAAGAGGAUCGGGUAUCGGCUUUGUUGGAGUGUGCGAAAUUGCAAAACGAGCGCAACGACGUAUCCCGUGAUGCGAUUGAGAAAAUUGAGGCACUCCGAAAAGAGAAUAAAAAGUUGAAAUUGGACCUUGCCAAUUUAAAACACAAGCAAGAUAAAGAGGUGGAAAAGGGCAACAAAAACCGGGUUGGCAAGGAGGGUAGGCCCAAGAAACGCGUACGUUUCGAACUAGAUACCUGUCCGGAGGAACCAAAAGCACAACAACCUUCGUACGACCCGGAGUACACUCGUGAUCCCAGACUUGCACGCCCCUUGGCAAGGCCGCCGAUAAAUCGCUGUCCCCUAAUUCGCUGUCCCCUAAUUUGGGAUCCAGAUAACGGCCCACAGGAGCCAACACCAGGACGACCCUGGGAGCGUACUCGUCACCCCAGAUAA